CCACCUCUGGCUGGCAGAAAGAACCAGAUGAGCAGGAAAGGCAAAGUACAGAGCAGGGCUGUUACUUUCAGUUAUAUCGUGUUCACUGAUUUAUGAAAUCUAUAAAAAGGACUUAAAAAUAAUUUAAAAUCAAGAUUCGAAACAACAACAACUACUACUACAAAACAACUGGGAUCACUAACAGUAUAUAAUUUUAUUUGGACUUCACUGCUAUAAGUUUCUAAAGGGAAAGUUAAUCUUGAUCUCGGAAGCCAUUACAGAGGAGAGACUGGAUUGAUAACACCAUGGCUUCGAAAGCUAAAGAGCUUCUCUCUUGGUCUGCAAGCUCUGUGGUAACUGGAGGAGGAAUCACAGCUGCCAGGCUGUUACACAUCAUGAGGGACCAGACAGUGACUGUCAUCAUCAUGGACAACCGUAGCUGCAGGGACUUUGAGGAGUCCCAUAUCUAUAUCCCCACACAGAUCUGCAUCAGCGUCCCUGAGGAGGCUAUCAACCCUGGGAUCACUGUGAACCAGAUCAAGGCCAGGCUGCCGGAAGCAUCCAGAGAACAGUGGAAGAGACAGGGGUUCGUAGACUACAUCAUAUUACUGGACUGGUUCAGCUGUGUCACUGACCUCAGACUGGGGACCCCACUCAAGAGCCUCAAAGAUGCUCUCUACAAGUGGGACAGCACCACAGAUCUCCACAGAGAGCCCCUGGUUCUGGAGGGAGGCUAUGAGAACUGGUUGCUUGUCUACCCCAUGUACACAACCAACGCCAAAGUCAGACCCCCCCGACAACACGCCCUCAACACCCUCCCUCAGCUGAACUUCUGCUACCCCUCUCUGAAGGAGCUGAAGGCUUCAGCCCCGCCUCUACCCGCCCCCCUCUCCACCCCCCCCCCCCCCCCCCCCCCCCGUGCCCAAAUACAAGCAGCCCCCCCAGCCCAACCUGUCCCUGCCGAGACCACUAAGCCCAGUCAUGACGUGUAUGCCAAGAUGGAGAUCGCCAAGCUGUCAGCAGCUAAGAUCAGUAACCUACACCCUGUAUAUGGAGGGAUGGGUGCCAUGCUGACGGGACUGUGUGACAGAAGCACCUGUUACAUGAACUGCAUCCUGCAGUGCCUGUGUAACACCCCAGGCAUGGCUGAGUACUUCACCAAUAACUACUACCAGGAAGAUAUUAACAGGAACAAUUACCUGGGCCAUAAGGGGGAAGUAGUAGAGGAGUUUGGGGUGAUAAUGAAGGCUAUGUGGUCUGGCCUGUAUAAGUCUAUCAGGCCCAGGGACUUUGAGUUUACCAUUGGAAAGGUUUACGCAGGGUUUGCUGGCAAUGAACCGCAAGAUGCAAAGGAAUUUAUGCUUGUCCUCCUAGAUGGGCUACACGAGGACCUCAAUAAGGCUGACACUAGUAAACUGUACCAACGGGAAGUGAAUGACCAUCACCUGGAUGACCAAAGGGCAGCCGACCUGGCCUGGAGCAGACACAAGCUGCGGAAUGACUCCAUCAUCGUAGCUCUGUUCCAUGGUCAGUUGAAGAUCACUGUCCAGUGUCUCACCUGUCAACACAAGACACGCACCUUCGAAACCUUCAAUCACCACAACCUGCCACUGGCUUCAUCUAAAGAGUGCUCCCUACAAGACUGUCUGAAGCUGUUCAGUAGAGAGCAGAAGCUAGAUAACCAUUCCGCUGUGUUCUGCAGUCACUGCAAAGCCCUGAGAGACUCCAUGAGGAAAGUGAAGAUCUGGAAGGUCCCGCCCAUCCUUGUGGUUUACUUAAUUCGAUUGACCAUCGAUGGCAGAAGGAUUCAAGUUCUCCAGACCAACGUUGACUUCCCCCUGGAGAACCUGGACCUGAACCAGUGUGUCAUUGGUCCAAAACAGAAGCUCAAGAAAUACAACCUGUUUGCAGUCUCUAAUUAUUAUGGGGUGGGUCUGAAUUGUGGUUACUACACAGCCUUCUGUAAGAACGCCAUCAAACAGCAGUGGUACAAGUUUGAAGACAAGGAUGUUUCAGACAUUUCCACCUCCUCAGUCAAGUCCUCUGCCGCCUGCAUCUUAUUCUACUCUUCUUUGUGAGGGGUGGAAGGACACACAGGGGAUUUUGUACAGUAUGUGUGUGUGUGUGUGUGAGAUCUGGUCCAAAGCGUCCCCCAGACAGUGGCGACCUGUCAUUCAGGGUAGGUGGGGCAGAAUUUUUUUUUGUUGUUCCCUGUUUUGCAUGUUAUUUUGACAUUAAUAUGUGCCACAUAUCAGGUUGAAAACAAUGUCAUUCUCUUUUGCGUUCUUGAGUAAGGUAGCUCGAAAAUGUGUUUCAGCCUAGCUUAGUGCUUUCUGUGGUGGUGGGGCAGCCAGUGGAAAAUUCGGAGCGUAGGGAUUGGUAAUGUUCUCUAGUUGUGUCGUGCAUGGCUCAGUGUUCUGUCACUCAUGGGAACACUAUGUCACCGCAAAAUGUAUGAGAAGAGCUCGAAAAUUCAAGCCUCUUUGGUGCUGCCAUAGAGUUACAUUAGAAGUGCCCAUCCGAGAAGGCUCAAGGUCAUUGUCAUAUCAACAGUAGCUUUGAUUGGACUGAUCUUGUCAACAUCAUACUUUCAAAAUCUUAGCUAGAGUGAGGGCAUUUUCUGUUAAACCUUAUUAAUGCUUUGGUACUAAAAUAUCCUUCUUUAAGCCUAGGCAUUGGGCUCGAGAUUUGUGUGUGUGCAUUAGUAUAGGCCUGUUCUAACUGUUCUGUGUGUAGUAUGACCCUAUGAUGUCUGGGAGCUCAGCCAAGACCUGACAGAAACUAACUGGUUCCUCUCAGCUUAACUGGAGGCAGAGCAAAGUGUUAUAUCCUGCAUACCAGCGAUAAGGCUGUUGAUCUGUUUGGAGCCUGUUUCUGGGCGAAAGGUUCAUGCUUGUGUAUGUGUGUAGGGGUAGGACCAUACAUUAUCUGGGCCGACAGUCAAAGGUGCUUGCUUGCCCAACUUGGGGAACCGCUGAGCUGCUGUUAGAGGAAGUAUGUCUGGAGUGACUUCCUGUCACCUUGGCACCUAUUGUCCUCACUCAGUUGUGACAGAACGAGACAACCUUUUCAUUAUAGCCUGUACCCCGUAACCCAGUGUCGUCUGUCCCCACACACACACAUACACAUACAUAAGAUCACGUGUUUUGCAGAUGCUUGCAUAAGAUAGCUUGACUAUAUAAGGCUUCUGUACUCAUUGUGCGUGGGCUCUCACUCCAUUCACUUUGUGUGUUGUGUGAACAGCUCCCUUAUUGCAAUACGUUUAUUAAUAAAAGUAAUA